UCCAGAUGACGUUACGUGACGCAACGCGAUCAAACAUGGCCGACAAAGAAAACAGAAGUAUGGAUGUCGAUAAGAGAAAGAAUAAACCUUGUGGUAGUCAAGUUAAGCCAUUAUCUGACGAAGUUACCCAAAGAAAAGACAACCGGGGCAGCACUGACGGCAAGAAGGACGCCGAAGAAAGCCGUGCCACGACACGAUACUGCGAGAAACUACAGGCAUGGAUGUGGCAGUACUACAGUGGAUAUGUGAACUGGCAAAGCUGGCUAGCAGCGUCAGCCAUGUCCUACCCUUACUGUUUACAGCCACCUAACGGGACUUCGACCGUUCUUGAUAUCAACUCCCAGCACUGGCAUAAUAAUCCGUUUGGUCUUCCGUUGCCUCCUUUCCCACCCGCGGCCGGCUCCUCGAGCGGCCGUGCAGGUGAAACCAUCGUCGGGGCAGCAGUGCCUGCUCAGCCGCAGCAGCAGCAGCAGGCGAGGGAGAAUGGAAAUGCACCGAGACCAGGCCGAGAGUACAGUAUUCCUUCUCCUCUCCAAAGACUAAUGGCUGAGAUGGUGGAUUUCUUCAUAUUGUUUUUCAUCAAAGCAACUAUAAUCAUCAGUAUUAUGCACCUUAGUGGAAUCAAAGAUGUUUCCAAGUUCGCCAUGCAUUUUAUAGUGGAGGAAAUCGAUGAAGACACAUCGAUGGAGGAGCUGCAGAAAAUGAUGCUUGUUGCUCUUGUGUAUCGGAUAUUAGUUUGUUUUUAUGAGAUCAUAUGCAUUUGGGGAGCAGGAGGAGCCACUCCCGGAAAGUUUCUCAUUGGACUCAGAGUCGUGACAUGUGACUCAUCAGUUCUGGUUCAGCCUAACAGGGUUCUUGUCGUGCCAGCAACUAAUGUCUCUCUUUCUGCAUCGACUGUUCGAGCCUUGAAUAAGAACUUUUCCAUUGCCUUCUUCUUCCCAGCCUUCAUCACUCUUCUGUUCUUCCAGCACAACAGGACUGUGUAUGAUAUGGUUGCUGGUACAAUUGUUGUCAAGCGAUCCAGGGUCAGAUGAUGCUGCACAGAAGAAUGGCCCCACAAUAACUCUGAACAGGCACUGAGUGACAAUUUGUUUUCUUUUUAAAAAUAUAACGUCGACUGAACUCAGACACCUCCCUUUCAAGGUAUUGUCAGAGCACAAGAGAAUCGGGAUGGUUGCAUUGAGUUUGAGACACACCAAUAUGAACUGUUUCAAUUUGGAUUUGUUGUGUUUCUGACACACACACUGUAUUUCUGCAUGUAUGUCUACAUGCUGCUUUCAGAAUCAGGUCCUGUGCAAGGAAAAAAUGAUGGUAUCUGCUAAGUUUUUAUUGACAGAAGAUUCGCUUCCUUUUUAAAAUUGUCUUUCAAGAUUAAGGGUGACUGUCUAACUUGGCUAACUCAGUAUUUAAAGCUUCAGUAGGCAAGGAAACCAGAGAAGACAGGAUUUUAUUUAAAAGAACAGCCAGAAUAUGAAGAUUAAAGAGCCCUUUUCUUGCAUCUUUUUUUGUUCUGUUUAACCCCCCCC